CAAUCGCUGUCAAUAAAUUGCAUUUUUCGUCAGAUGGUUGCUGAAAAGUGAAGUAAUUUUAAAAUAUGUUAAAAACGGUGUUAAUUACAUCUUUAUCUACUAUUUGUGACUUUAGGAGAUAGACAGUUAAUUGUUACAGAAUUCAGGUAUCAUGCCAAAUUAUGCUAAUCAAUUUAUUUGUUUCUUUAUUGUUUACGAAUGACGUGUAAUGUUUCCAACGGCGGACUCUGAAGAUAAUAUUACACAGGUCACGUCAUUAAAAAGAAAACCAAGUUUACCUACUACUAGCAAUGAGCGAGACUCGCCUGAAAGUUCUUCGCAAGUGGCUAAACAGAAGAUUAACAGGGAGUUAACCCUCAACAUGCUAGUCAAAGAGUUGGUGUUUUGUAUCGCUUUAGCGUUGACGACGUACGGAGCCUUGCACAAUGCACCUACAAAAGUGUCAAAAGUUCCUCAAGCAGUGAGAUUUUUCUACUCUGACUCAGUAGUGACUGACUGGUACAGAGGCCAACUAAGCAAUGCUCUAGCCUCCAUGCACUCUGAGGAUGUAUCCUUUGUGAUGUAUUAUGCGCCGUGGGACGCUGAGUCGCAGUAUGUUAGAGGAGAGUUUGACAAAGCAGCCAAUAUUCUAAGUGAUAGGGUACAUUUUGCUGCCAUUAAUUGUUGGAAUCCAGGCAGUGAAUGCAGAUUGCAACACAGUAAAAUACCCUCAUGGCCUAUUUUAGUGGCAUAUACUGUCACUUCAAGAGGUGUUUUAUACAAAGGACCAAGAAAUGCAGAAAGCAUGGUCAACUUUUUGGAGUUAAUUAUGAGACCACUGCAGAAAAUAUCAAAUACAGAAGACCUUGUUAAUCUAUUAUCUAUAUGUGAUGCAGUAGCAGUAGGAUUCACUCCUUUGACGGACACGUCUCGAUACUACAACAUCUGGUACAACGUGGCGCUUAAGUCUUAUGAAUUCGACACUAUUGGCGAGAUAUGUUUCGCUGCCGUGACGUCGGCGGAGCUGGCAUCUGAUCUGGGAGUGGAAAGCAUACCAAAUGCAAGACUUAUGUUGUGGAAUGACACUAAGGAAUACAAACCAGAAGAAAACAAGCAAUCGUGGAAUGAAACAUUUCUCGUGAAUUGGGUGUUAGAGAAUUUUGCCCAACCUGUGGCCAGAAUUAUUCCUAUGUGGAAGAAAUCAUUCAACUUCGAAAGAUAUGCAGACGGCAACCCCAUGCUCAUUCUUUUCACUCCUCUUAAUCCACUUUAUGAACAGCUGCCAUUAUAUUCCUUGUUGCGUGAAGUGGCAAUGGAGUACUAUAACUGCAAAAACAACGAGAGCAACCCCUGGACGUCGGAACUCAUUAAACUGCAGCAAGUACAACGACUAUUGUAUCAGAAAAAAAACUUUCUGAAAUUCUGCCAAGAGUACAAAUUUAAGAAACCUGUGAAGAAGCCUAGUCCACACUAUAGAAAGGUUAUAUCCCACAACAACAAAUAUCCGUGGAACAAUGUGACACAGAAGAAUCAGAAGGCUGGUAUAGUGAAUUUUCUUCUCAAACAAGGGAUGGCCAUAUCGAAACUGAUCGAAAAUUCCAAUGAUAAUUCGGCGUUGUGGUCUAAUUUAGGAUUUCUGGAGCAUUGUGGCGAAAGUGCUAGUCAAUCUUUGCCAGCAGAAAAGAGUUUUUAUGAAAACUACGAAAAGUGUCAAUCAUUCGAGGAGCAGUUGAACAGUGACCUUGAAAUGGAACAGGAGGACGUGGAAACAACAAUGCUCCCACACGAAGACGAUCCCUUAUCAGCCGAAAACCUAAUGCAAGAGAAUGUCAAACAUUUCUGUAGGCUGAUGCAGUUCGCCAACAGAAUAAGUCCCCCCGUGUCCCCGGCGAAGGUGUCGAGUGGGAAUGUGACUCAGCUACACGGCCUGGCGUGCGACACCAACUACACGCUACACAUGAUCGCUGUGGAUAGCAUCAGGAAUUACCAUUUUGCUGAAGCUCUCGGCGUUGACAUUAAGAACAGGAAGGAUAUGACCGCUGCUGUUAUUUUGGAUAGUAGGUAUGAAAGUCAGUAUGUACUGUCCGAAGAAUAUAGUGCAAAAUCUGUCAGAGAUUUCAUUUACAACUUCACACAGCAGAAGUUAAAGCGAACGCUGCGCUCACGCAUAGAUGACGCCAAGCACACGCACUACUUUGGCUCCGUCGCCGGAACCGAGCCGGACGGCAAGAACGACAGUGCAGUUCAUAUUACGGAUCUCACUACGCAUACGUUCAGAAAAUUUGUGACGACGCCAGGGACGGUGUCGCUGGUGGCGGUGUGCGGCGGCGGCUGCGGCGCGCUGGUGGCGCGCGCGCUGGCCCACGCGGCGCGGCUGCUGCGCGCGAGCGGCGUGCGCGCCCGCGCCGCGCGCCUCGACGCGCUGCGCCACGACCUGCCAUGGCAGUACACGGUGCACGCCUACCCCACUCUGCUCGUGUUCCCCGCACACAGGGGCGGUGAGGCGGAGAGCCGCGCGUUCCCGAGCGGCGAGCGCGUGUCGAGCGGCGGCGUGGUGGCGCUGGCGCUGCGCUCGCUGGGCGCGCCCACGCACCUGCGCGUCAGCCUGGCGCUCUGCGCGCCCCCGACGCUUUCCUCCGAGAGAAAAGCUUGCCUGAAAGACGUGAGGGAGCACGUCACUACACUCAUCGGCCGCAACCUGAAGUACUGGCGACGCACUCGAGUGGGAGAACUUCGAGAUUGCCUCUUCAGAAGACUGCAACAUUUACACGACGUUGCUUUGCACAUUAGCCUACUUCACAUCACUGAUCUCACUCAAAAUAAUGAAAAACAAAAUAAAUUAUUGAAGUCCCUUGAUAAUUUGGCCAAAAACUGGGACAUCGAUGAGUUGAUUUUAAGAAAAAACGUCAUUCCUACACCGAUUACGAGAUGAUAUUAGCUAUACUUUGUAAAUAGUGUAUUUAUUAUAUUGCUCAUUUUGUAUAUAUCUAUAAAAUAUGUUGUUUAUUUUUAGAAAAUAAUAAAAGUGUUAUUAAAAAUGUUGCUGAAAAAUU